AGGAUUAAGGUAGGAGUGAACCUGCCGUGUGAGCGCUCACACGGAACAUGUCAGCUCCUGCGGUCAGUUGUCCUCAGAAGCAACCAACGACUGAGACGAGUUGCGUCAUCGAGGCAAGCGGAUGCGUUGUUUGUGGCAGGGACGACAGACUACUCAGGUGUUCGCGUUGCAAGAGUGUUUUCUAUUGUACCAAGGAGCAUCAGAAACUGGAUUGGAAGCGACACAAGAGAAUCUGUCCCAGACUGUCCGACUGCAUGUCUCUCGAGGAGGACUGUCAGGAUUCCGAGCACGUGCUACCUGGAGUCAACCACGAGAGGAGCAACGUUUCCCUGCAAGAAGACGAGUUGGUCAAUAGAAAUCUGAAGAACAAGAAAAACAAAAAAUCCAAGAAUCAAAGCUACAGAGGAGAUAUAAGGAAUAAUUUGUUCACUAAGGAAGAAAGGGACAACUGGACAUCGCCCAUAACUUAUGAAGGUAGCUCGGAAGACACGAUACUAGGGGCUAGGGCGGAGUUACUGAAUCCCCUGCAAAGUUCCAGAAUACUCGAAAGUUCUGCUAAUAAGCCAAUAUUGGAAAUGCCCGAAAGACAUCAUAACGGAAUGAAGAAUUUUCCCGAAGUUCGUUUAAGGCACGAGGAGGAAUUUCUUCCCUCCUUUUUACCUAGAAAUAGGAACAAUCUAGAGGAAAUCGAUGAUAUUUGUCGAAAUGUGAUUAGUGAUAUGAAUACGUGGGGAGUGUGUGUUGUAAAUAAUUUUCUCGGCACUGAGAAGGGCAUAUCGGUACUGGAUGAAGUUUUAAAUAUGUAUAGUGCUGGUAUGUUCAGAGAUGGUCAAUUAGUAUCUAAUAAGGCUGCUGCGAGUGACUUAAAAACAAUACGGGGCGAUCAGAUAGCAUGGCUGGAUGGUAAAGAGAAAAACUGCCAAAACAUUGGGAUGUUGAUAUCAAAAGUAGAUGCCAUAAUCAUGAGAGCUAACAAGAUGUAUAAUAAUGGAAAGAUGGGAGAUUAUACAAUAAAUGGAAGGACUAAGGCUAUGGUAGCGUGUUAUCCUGGCUACGGUUCCCAUUAUGUAAAACACGUGGAUAAUCCAAAUCAAGACGGCAGGUGCAUCACGGCGAUAUAUUAUUUAAAUAGGGAUUGGGACAUCAAGCAAAAUGGCGGUCUCCUUAGGAUAUUUCCAGAAGGCUGGCAAGAUCAAGUUGCGGACAUUGAACCACUUUUUGAUCGAAUUCUCUUUUUCUGGUCAGAUCGAAGAAAUCCACAUGAAGUUCAACCAGCAUACAAAACGAGAUAUGCCAUAACAUUAUGGUACUUUGACGCAGAGGAAAGAAACGAAGCUUGUCGAAGAUACCAGAGAGACAGAGAAAUCAAUAGUAAACCAGGAAAUCCAUGAAAUGGAGAGUACAAAGGACUGAAUGAUCAUCCGACGACUGAAUUUAUAAAUGCAACACUCCAGUUUAUGCAUCUGUAUAUAGUUACGCGCGAAAAGCAUUGGUACAUAAUCGUAUUAUAUAUGUAUUAAGAAUAAUGGAAGCGAUCCACGAUCUUAACAUGAGCAAACGGGAGAAUCGAUUAGUAAGAAACAAAGCUAAAAGUAAAACGUACUCAGUAAGCACGUGCAAUAAUGUAGUAUUGUUCUUCUCAUUUUUCUUUGUUUAAAUUCUGUUAGAAAAUUCCUAUCUUAUACUUUUUUAUUAAAUCAGAUACGAUCACAAUAAUUGUAAGACAUAAAAGCAAAAUCCUUAUUAUUAUUAUUAU